AACCGUCGCCGUUUUGGGGAUGGGGAGGAGGGAGGUCUGUCCGGGAACAGGAGCUACUUCUGCAUUGCGAUCUCCCGAAGUCUCCUUGGUGUCUUCGUAGAUCAACGUAAAGAAGACAUGUCAUUUCGAGGGAGAGGUGGAAAUAAUCGUGGUGGAUUCAGCCGUGGUGGUGGUGGCGGUUUCAACAGAGGAGGAAGAGGUGGUGGAAGAGGUGGAUUUGGACGUGGAGGAGGACGUGGAGGCUUUAAUAGAGGCGGUUAUGACCAAGGACCUCCGGAAAGUGUAGUUAUUCUUGGACAGUUUAUGCAUCCUUGUGAAGAUGAUAUUGUUUGUAAAUGUGUCACUGAUGAAAACAAAGUGCCUUAUUUCAAUGCACCAGUUUAUUUAGAAAAUAAAGAACAGAUUGGGAAAGUGGAUGAAAUAUUUGGGCAACUUAGAGACUUUUACUUUUCAGUUAAACUGUCGGAAAACAUGAAAGCUUCAUCUUUCAAAAAAUUACAAAAGUUUUAUAUAGACCCAGCAAAAUUGCUCCCUCUGCAGAGGUUUUUGCCAAGGCCUCCUGGUGAGAAAGGAGCCCCAAGAGGCGGGCGAGGAGGAAGAGGAGGGCGAGGUGGACGAGGUGGAGGUGGUAGAGGUUUUGGAAGUGGCAGAGGAUUUGGAGGUGGCCGAGGUUUUGGAGGUGGCAGAGGUGGUGGAGGCUUCAGAGGAGGACGAGGUAGAGGUGGUGGCCGAGGAUUUAGGGGAAGAGGAGGAUACUGAGUGGAACUGCUGGAAACACGGAGUUUACGGCUUCAUCAGUGACAUGUAAAGAGAAGACUUCUUAUGAACUUGAAUGCUACGAAAUGGAAACAGUUUUAAGCAUAAAGUUAGUUGAAGGAGUAAAGUGUUACUAUGCCGAAAGUUCCUAGGUUUCUUUUAAUAUGCAACAGGUUUAAGAAGAACUACAGAUAUCUGACUUGCAAUCUAUGUCAUUGUUUGGAGACAUUAAGUGGAAGGUUAUUCUUAAACUUUUUAAAAGGGGUUGUUUUUAAUGUCAAGAAUUUAUCCCCUUAUAUCAUCAGUGAAACGAAAUAGCUUUAAAAGGUAUAUAUUUAAAAAUGUCAAAUAAAAAUAUUUUGGAUUUCUGGUAGUUGAUUUUAAAAUAGUAAUUUAUAGAUCCACCCCAAAUGUAUAAAACAUUUUAACUAGUUCCAAUAGAAAAGAUACAUUUAGCUCAGGGUUGAACUGUGGAGUCUUUGGUGCUCUUUGAGUUACUUGUUUGCUUGCAAAUGUUACAUUAAGCAGCUCAGUAACAUUAUCAGGGCACUGAUGAUAUUACAUAGUUGGGUAACGCAAUGUUGCAAGCAAACAGUCAAACUCUGAGAGUAUCAAGGAUUCCAAAUCUUAAUUAGGAUUUGAAAUACAACAUUUUAGCAUUUCUAGUUGCAGCAGCCAAUACAGUUUUACAGAAUAAUGCUCAACGGCCUUAAAUUCCAUUUGUCUGAUGUUGAAUGUGAGGUGAAGGUGACCAUAUCUUGAAUUUAGCUCUCUGGUUUAAAUGUCAAAAUGACGAACAGAAAAAAGCAUCAUCAGUAUAUGUGAUGUUUGAUUAUGUAGAAAAACUUAUAUAACAGGUUUUAAGACAAACAGAAAAAAUAUAUUCACAACUUGAUUGGCUUCCCUUAUAAGUUAGUUAAUUUAAUGAAUUAGCUCAUUAAAUUUUGUGCCCUGGUU